UCGCUGCUCCCGCACGCCCCGGGGCCGCCGUCCGGCUGCUCUCUCCCGGUCCCCCCGACGCCCGGGGGGCAGCGCGCCGCCAUGGAGGGCGAGGCGAACGGCACCUUCCUCCCGUCCUGCGGCGGGAGCGAACCGCCCUACGCUCGGGAGCUGCUGGGGAGCCUUGACCUAGCUGGUAGAUUUCUCUUUGCGAUCUUGACUCUGAUGACACUAAUUGCCAAUCUGGUGUUUAUAGAAGAAGUGAUCUACAUCUACAGGAAAAUCCCCUCCUCCAAAAGAUCAAUUUUAAUUUGGAUAAAUGCUGCAGCUCCGGUGAUUGCUACAACCUCAUGCAUUGGCAUGUGGAUUCCUCGCUCAACAAUGUUUACAGAUUUCACAGCAUCAGUAUUUUUUGCCAUAGUUAUUCAUAAAUUCCUGAUGAUGAUGAUUAAAGAGUGUGGGGGUCAAAAGCUGUUCCUGAAACGGUUCGAAAAUGGUCACUUCAAGAUCAGCACGGGGCCCUGCUGUUGCUGCUGCCUGUGCCUGCCCGGUGUGCGCAUCACUAGGCGAUCCCUCUUUUGGCUGAAGCUGGGCACCUUCCAGUUUGCUUUAUUUCGACCCGUGUUCAUGUUUCUGUCAACAGUGCUUUGGACCAAUGGCAAUUACAGCUUUUCCAAUUUAUCUCUCAAAGGAGCUGCAAUAUGGAUUAGCUGCUUCAUUGCUAUCCUUACCAUUAUUGCCCUGUGGCCAGUUGGAAUCGUGUUUCAACAAGUUAGGGUGCUCCUUAACUGUAAGAAGAUCAUCCCGAAGUUUGCUCUUUAUCAGUUUAUCCUCAUUCUGAACCACUUGCAGACAGCUAUUAUCAACAUUUUGGCUAUGCAAAGAAUUAUCCCUUGUGCUCCACCGCUGUCUUCUCCAGCAAGAGGAGCAUAUAUAACCCACCAGAUCCUCAUCAUGGAAAUGUUUCUGAUAACUUUAAUCUCAAGGGUGGUCUAUCGAAGGAGAUACAAUGAGCUUGACCCUCCAGAGUGUAUCGCUGAAGAAGCUGGGGUCAAGAAGCAGACUCCUAUCCUGAAUGUCACCGUUAGUGAAGAUGGAUUGCGAGGGUUUUAGAAGCCUCCAGUGCUCCUGUUCUGCACGUGCUGGAAGCUCAGCUUCAGGAGCUUCUUUCACUGCGUAUAGCCACAGUGCAUGUCAGAACAACUUCUGACAGAAAUGCCUGCGAGCUGUACUGAAAGGACCAAUGACUGGAAAGAUAACCCUAUUUAUUUUCCAGUGAUAUGUGCAUGGUGUGAGUGUUUGCAUACCGUGUACUUUUAUCUUGUUCUUCAGCACUUGAUGAUAGUCAAACAAUCUCAUAAUGUGAUUUUUUUUUUAAUUAGCUAUUAGAAUUGCUAUGAUUUAAUCUAAAGCCGUUCCUGCUUCAUCUCUAUUGAUCUCAUUUAAUUUUGUUUCAAGUAGCCUGGAUUGUUGUCAUAUGUCCAAAACAGCAUAUUCCCAUCCUUCCUGCAUUAAAAUGUAUCAGUUCUCACCCAGUGUUACGAGGUCACCACAGCUAGUUCUAAUCAGUAAAUAUUUGUUUUGAAGUCCUCAAACUGGUGUAGACCCUCCUCUUACUUAAAUGAUGAUCUCUUUAGGACAAGACUUUUUAUAUUCCCUGGUGUUUCACCUCCUAACCUGGUAAAUACACAGUUGCCAUUUGUAAAUAUGUCAUUGGCUGACGCUCUUGCUAGAGAAGGGAGAUUCUCUGUCGCUGGUCUAGAAAAAGAAAGUAGGAGUGAGUCUGAGAGGUGUUCUGUUACUGCUGUGUGGUGUUAUGUAAAACUUCCAUUCUUUGUGUGGAAAAUGGGAUUUAUGAUACUCAGAAUCCUUGCAUUCAAGGUGGCUAUGGGAAUGAGACUGCUGAAAGGAAUCUCUUUCAAAAACCUAUCUCCCCAGCUUCUCCAGCCCCAAAUCUGACCUGCCUAGUGUUUGUACCCAUUGCUCCAUUUUGCUGAAAAAGCUUAAUUUUUUUUUUUUCCAGAAGAUCCCAACAUUCCUCCAUGAGCCUAAUUAUUUUGAUUCAGCUCACUAUAUUUUGUAAUAUGACAGCAUGUUUGGUAAGCCCUUGGAGAUGCUGCUUAUUGUGGAAGGAGAUGCAGAACUGUAUGCUAGCACUCAUCUCUCCUCACCUAGUGUGAUCCCUACAAGUAAAUACUUCAUCCAUAUAGCAGGAAUGUUUAUUCCUUAAGGAGACUGGGAAAAUGCUUCAUGUUGGAAAAGAUGUUAAUAACAUCCUUUACCAAUAUGAUAUCAAACGCAACUUUUCAUCAGAGCCAACCGAGGCAGGUAGUGGGGCUUUAUUUCUCAUUUACAAGGAACUCCAAAAAUAUUUUCAGUUUGGGAAUUGGCUGUGGAAAAUGAAAUACUCCAAAAACCUCAGAUGAUGAAUAAGCUGGGAGAAGAAAAAGAUGUUGAAUUAAACAGAAUGUUUUCUUUCUGACUUAGGUCAAAAAUAGUAUUUUCUUUAACAAUAGGAUUCCAUGAUAUUACAAAAACUGAAUUAUUUUUGGUUUGAAGUGGUUGAAACAAUUUUAUAUGAUUUUUUUCUAAGCAGGCAAUCUAUGUAAUUGAUACAGAUUCUUGAACUGUAUUAAUGUGAGAGAAUCUACAUUUUUUCCUUCAAAAAUAAUUUAGGUGAAAAUUUUCACUCUACUCUGGAGUGUGUCAGUAGAAUUAACAAAUCAGCUGAUAUCUUCUUAACAUGAGAAAUCUUAAUGUAAUUUAACAUUAUGGCUAUUAGCAUAUUCCUAAUGUUGCUUUAUAUCAGUCUAGGGCAGAUACAUUUGUAAUGUUUCUCAUACCAACUUGCGGAGUUGUACAUCAUAACAGUAGUGGGAAUGAUUGGCUGUGAGUUGAAGAAGGUUCAAAAUUAGGAAAUAAAAUGUGCUGAGUUGGUAUUUUGUGAAUUGCUGUGGAAAAGGCUUUAGUUACUAGAUCAGUUGAGUGCUACUGGAAAAUGUUUUCUAUAGCAGUUCUGUCAAGGUGACGUCUUGGUGAGUGGGGUCUGUUGCAUGAAAGAACAGGUCUAUGUGCUGAAGCAUGGACAGUUUUGAAAACAGAUGGAGCACAUGGAGAAAUGGUGGUCUCUGUGUGUCCUAUGAAGGCAGCUGAAGGCCACAGCAAGAGCCUUCUCCCAUUCUUCCUCUGGGGCAUUUGUUCAAUGGACAGAGGCUUUUCCUUCCACCAUUUUUGGUCUGGUCUCUGUCAUCUAUCUGAAAUGUCUGCUAAAUGUGUCUUGUAAACAUCGGUGUAGGCCUGAUUUAUCUAUAGGUGUCACUAGCUGUUAUGCUUUUGGGCAGAUAUUUAAUAUUUAUUGUCGUAUUCUUCUGCCAUUCUUCAGCAAUAAAAUGUACUGUCAGGUGGUGACCGUCAAGUGGACAUUA